AUCAACAUAGCAUCGUAACGGUAGUACAUUGAUUCUGAAUGGCGGUUUUCCCCUAAUCGGGGUUACUCUGAGCAAACAAUAGUCAGUUUCAGACAACAUGAAAGCCGUUCGAGCAAGCUCAGGGAUCAGGAAGAAUGACGCUCGUGACAUCACCGGGCCGGGCGCGUCGGCGUCAUCGUCGGAAGCUAAGAGAUCCGUCACUCCUGCGGUUACUCCACCGACUACAGUGGAACUGAGAGGCAUAUCGAUUCAUUUCCCUUUCAAGCCUUACAAAUGCCAGGAAGAUUACAUGGCAAAAGUCUUAGAUGCCCUCAUUCGGUCGGAAAAUGCGCUUCUCGAAUCUCCAACCGGAACAGGGAAAACUCUCUGCCUGUUGUGUUCUACGCUGGCAUGGCAACGAGAGCAAGCAAGAAUAUUGAAAUCACAGAGUGGACGUGACACGAUACCAGCGGCGACGCAACCGGGAUUGACAUCUUCUUCAGCUCAAGAAACACAAAACCAAAGAAAACGGAGAGUCCCUACCAUCAUUUACGCAUCCCGAACCCAUUCUCAGCUCUCGCAGGUCGUUCGAGAACUCCGCAAUACGCGUUACCGACCAAAGCAUGCUGUUCUAGGUUCGAGGGAACAAAUGUGUGUUAAUCCCAAGGUCAAGAAACCUAAUGGGACUUCGAAUGCUUCUGCCAUCAAUCACGAUUGUUCUGUCCUCAUCAAAGAUAGACGCUGCAAAUUCAAAAACAAWCUAGAGGGCUUCAAGGCGCCAUCAAAUGAGUCCUCUUCUCAGGGUGCUUGGCACGGAACUCAGCCCGUGAUGGAUAUGGAAGAUUUGGUGACAAUGGGGAAAACGCAUCAAGUAUGCCCCUUCUAUUACACGCGAGGACAGACAGAAGACGCUGAAUUAGUCUUACUGCCAUACAAUUACCUCUUCGACAAAGAUUCACGGGCAACUACUCUGGCAGAUAUUCCUUGGGAUAAUUCCGUAGUAAUAUUCGAUGAGGCACACAAUCUAGAAUCAUUUGCGAGUGAAUCGGCUUCCUUCGACCUCUCUUCAAAGGAUAUCGCAGGUUGUAUGAACGAGAUCGAUAAGGCCUUGGCUUUGAGCGAGGCUUAUCCAGAUCGAUUUAUGAACAUCAAAACCCAAAAUUUGUUGCGACUUAAAACUCUGUUUCUUAACCUCGAAGAAUACCUUUUGAAAAAAUUGCCACAACAAUCCACAGCGUAUCAGGGAGAAAGAAUCAUGGAAAUAUUUCGGCAAGGAGCUAGUGUGAACUACAAUAACUACACACUAGUGUUGGAUGAAAUUAAAAAAAUCUUCGACAUGUUUAUGGAGAUACGGGGAGGUAACUCUAAAGGUGCACCUAUGUUAGAGCACUUUUCUCAAUGUGUCAAACGAGUUUUUGGGGAAACGACUGAGUCUCGGUGUUUGGCUAAGGCACAGUCAUAUCGAGUUCAUCUAACUCAAACAAAUAACAAUGUGGCGUUAAACACAACGUCAGGAUCAAAAGGGAAAUACGAGAAGGCCGGUAAUGGUGGUCGAAUACUUUCUUAUUGGUGCUUUGCUCCAUCCGAGGCCAUGAGGGAACUUGCAAAUUUGAACGUGCGGUCAAUUCUUGUGACAUCCGGGACCCUGAGCCCUUUGGAGAGUUAUGCGUUAGAACUGGACAUUCCGUUUCCCAAUCGCUUGGAAAAUCCUCACAUCAUUGCCCCUCAUCAAAUCCACGUCAGGGUGAUGGGGCGUGGAGUCAGUAAUAAAGUACUCACUAGUUCAUAUGAGCGACGUCAAAAUAACGAUUAUUAUGUUGAAUUGGGCAAUACUUUGGCAAGCUUAUCUCGUGUGAUMCCUUGUGGGAUGCUCGUUUUUUUCCCGAGUUAUGGGGUUAUGGAAACGUCGAUUGAGCGGUGGGGAGGACCAGCAUCAUCUCGAUCUCAGAAUACCAAUAAUCCGGGUAAUUUUUUUGCCGCCAGAARAAAGAAGAAUGGUGGUGGGUCUGGGAAUACUACUCGGUAUUCCUUUCCGCGGUUAGCUACAGGUUACAACCAGACACAUUCGACACCGUGGAAGCGGCUUCUCUCACACAAGGCAGUUGUUGUCGAACCAAGAUCCACGUCAGAUCUUCCAGAUGCAAUUGAUGAGUUUCACAAGUUCCUCAACUUACCCAAUUCGAAAGGCGUUGCCCUGUUUGGGGUUUGUCGUGGAAAGAUUAGUGAGGGUAUUGAUUUUUCGCACGACAUGUGUCGAGCUGUGAUUAUUACUGGGUUGCCAUUUGCUCCUUCGUUUGAUCCGAAAGUCAAGAUGAAACGAGAAUUUCUCGACCAGAAAAAAGCGAAACAAAAUACCAAAGCAUCAACCAAUGGUGGCUUUGGAUCCCGUGGUGAAACAAAURCGAACUCUUCUUUGUCAGGGCAUGAUUGGUAUACACAACAAGCACAUAGAGCUGUAAAUCAGGCAAUCGGUCGUGUAAUUCGUAACAAACGUGAUUAUGGUGCAGUACUAUUGAUGGAUUCUCGCUUUGGACUUCCAGGUAAUCAAAAUGGUCUGAGCAAGUGGGUCAGACCGCAUAUCCUUCCCGAUGAAGGUUUUGGACGAGCAAACCAAAAUCUAGCUCAAUUUUACAUCAAGGCGAGAGAAAACGCAAAAAAAGAAGCAGAAUUAGCGAUUGCACAGCAAUCCGCUAAUGCGGACCCGACGAAUGUUUCAAUUAUCUUGAAAUACGAAGAUGAAGGGAAAGAAAACGAUCAGUUGCAAGCAAUGGCAAAUGAUGACGAUAUUACAAAGGUUGCCUUCAUCAGAAAAGAUUCUGUCGCGAUAGAAAGCGGGGAAAAUACAGUUUCAAAUGAUGAAAAUUAUGUUGAUCCUCAACGAAUCAUCGUGCGAGUGGAUAUGGAUAAAAUGUCAGAAGAAGAUGUAUCGAGUGCUCUUGCCGCAUCAUCCGCAAAAUCCAUUCAAAAAAUAAAACCAAACCCUGUACAGAAGCCAUCAGAGCCAUCAUCAACUAGUGAUAAGCACAAACCAAAGAUUAUCAGCGGAAAAAACCCUCCAGUUUCCACUGCUGUGCAAUUCUUUCACCUGGUCAAGUCGUCAACAACUCCGGAUGAAUUUGAUUCAAUUAAAAAAAGUACAAUACUUUUGAAAAAGUAUGAACAAAUGAAGUUUCGAAAAGACUUCAUAUGCGCAGCUCGUUCGAUAAUCGGUAUAAUUUUGAACCAUGAGCAAUUGAACAAUUGUUCCAGGUACAAAAAACCCAAGAUUCUUCUUUUGCUUCUCAAACUCAUCCCGAAACAUUUUGUGAAGGAUGUGGAACAAGUUACGGUCGACCUGACUUUCCGCAAAUCAAUUAUACGGAAGGAACUCAAGUCGAAUGUUGUUUCUAAGAAGUACAUGAAAUUCCACAUGGAGUUUGUAAUGUUAUUGCAGAAGGCUUGGUUUGGAGAAAGCUCGCGAAAGAAUGACGAGCAUUUUGUUCAGAAUCUUGGCAAACUCAUCGGCAACAUCGUUGAAUCCCACAGAGUUACAACAUUAGCAUUGACACAGUUAAUUGAUGUUGUGCCCUAUGAACUACAGCGACUGUCCAAAGCAUUGAUAGAGGAAGUCAUAGCAUCUUCCAAUGUGUCGAAGAUUCGAGCAGGAGAAAAGGCUCGUAUGGGGGAGGAUAGCGUAAAGGUUGAGUACUUUCGGAAAAACUAUCUGACUGAGAAGGGUAAGAGCUUAUCCACUACUCAAGACGAGGACGGUGGGGAACAUGCUACCUCUUCUACUUCUAUGAAACCCGAAAGUCAAAUCCAUAGAUCUAAAACUUUGAAAAGUGAAGUGGAUUCUCGGUCGAAUUCCCAAGUUUCUACCAAGAUGAAAGCAGUGAACAAUCCAUACGCAAAGCCCAACCGAAAGAAACGGCCGCAACCAAGCACUACGAAGAAUCCGACCAAAUCUGCAGGUAGUAUUACUGGUCAUGGGAAACCAAACAUAAGUUUAACCAAGAGAAAGGGGAUCCUUGAGCAACGAAAAGACGCACCAGCUGUUAUGUCGUCGCCGUCACUACUCAAAUCCAUCCUGAUUCAAUCCAGAGCUGACACUUUUGCUGGCCAAACAAAAAAGAUGAAAAGAACUAGUUUCCCCACAAAUGCACCGAAGGAUGUAACGUGUGGGAUAUGCGAUAUGCCUUUGGAGAAUGUGUAUAUAUCCGAGUGUGGGCACAUGGCAUGCUUGCAAUGUGUAAGUAAAUCUGUCGGCGAUAUGAUUUAUUGUUUUUGUAGUAACUUACUUGCGUGCUGUGGGGUUGAUAGGUUUGUUUAUGGAAACGUUUGAUACGAAUGGUUGAGUCAUAUUUCAAUACUAACUCGAUGUAUCAAUUGUCUCUCGAUGUCUUUUCUUGUUUAUUUCAGUGGAAAAGAUGGCUUGGAAAAAACGCUUCUUGUCCAACUUGUAGAAAGCCAACAACAAUGAAAUCRAUUGCGCUCGCUGUAUUUAAGGGAGAAUCAUAAUAUUCUGAAAGACACUGAUCAUAAAAAUUAGAGUGAUUU